AUAACAACAAGACCCCUAACCUAACAAUGAGCACAACUGACCGUUUUCAAGUUCCAAGUCACGUUGUUACUUGUUAGCAGUUUUCAAAGUACACAGGCUAUAAGAUGUCCGACUGGUCCAAGUGAUACUUUAAACAAUUUACAGUUUACAUAGUAGUACCGUCUAUACGUGUGUGAUCAAAAUAAUACAUUUUAUAGUAGAUCCCAUAGUAUUAAAUAUUAUUAUAUAAUUGUCCGCUUAUUCGUUAUUUCGUUCGUGUUCCCGGUACCGUCGAUAUAAUAUAGCGAGUGACCGUUGUUCGUAAUAGCCAAUAGGCCAUAGCUGUCGUACGUGAGAAGUCUAGAGUCUCUAUUUUUCUCUUGCAAAUUGCAGCAGUCUUGCUAGAUAGUAGAUGCAGCCACGCGGUUUAAUGCUGCAGUAGUACGAGUACGAGUUACAAUAUUAUUCGUUUUGCAAAAUGUGGAUAGUAGUGAGCUUUGAUGAUGAUAACACAGUGGAGUGUGUACCAAACUUUUGGUAUAAAAAUAAUGUAUGUGCUUGGCCGAACAAAACUGUAAGAAACCACACAAAAAUGAUAGAACGUCGUUGUAAUCCAAAUAAUCUGGAAUUUGAUUUUUUCAAAGCAAGAAUAUUAGCAAAAAAUAUUGAUACUUUGUCUGAAGCCAGAAAAAAGGCUAAACGUGCUGAAGAAACGUCCGAACUAUCCUCUGCUAAUGAUGAUAAGGAAUCCAGAAAAAUCAGACAUAAAAAAUUGAAUUCAAGUACCGAGGAAAUCUCUUGUAAUGAAAUCCACGAAAAAAACUAUGGUUUAAGUAAAAAAAUAACUAGAAGUUUUUCAAUUCUUGAUAAUCCCCCCAUCUUUAAUGUGAACAUUGAUGAAGAUAGUAGUUAUGAAAAACAUAAUAAUCCAAUUAAACGAAAAACUUCAAUGCAUUCAGUUUUAGGUUCACCAAAAAAAACGAAUAAGAAUUUAGUAGAUGAUUUGACUACACCAACAAAAAAUUUGAACUUAAGGCAAAAGGAAAUACAUUCAAACAAUUCUAAUGAUAGACAAUUUGGCUUAAACUCUAUGGCAAAUACCCCAGGUUCAACUAAAAUAUCCAAAAAAGGUUAUGAUAAUAGUUCAGAAUCUUGGUUGAGUUCACCAUUAGAAAAUUGGAAUACUAGUCAAACAAUUAAUAUACAUUCAAAAAGUUCUAAUGAAAGACAAUUGGCCUUUAUAGCAAAUACUCCAGGUUCUUCUAAAAUACCCGAGAAAAUUGUAAAUUCAGUAUCUUGUUUGAGUUCACCAUCAGGAAAUUGGAAUGUUACUCAGGAUAAUAGUGAUAUUUUAGUAAAAUCAAACAGAUGUAAGAGGCGUAUAGAUUUCAAUUCAAUAGUAAACACUACUCCAGAUUCUUUUAAGGUAUCUAAUGGCAGAAAUGUUAGAACCACAUCUGAUGAAAAAAUAGAUUUACUUCUUCGUGCUGUUACCAAUUUAAAAUAUGAAAUGAGAGAACAUGGUAUUAAAAUAGAAAGACUAGAACAAACCAUAGUUAAUAACUGUUUAAGCAAGAAGAUAGUUGAAUACAAUGAUAAUACCACAGAUGAUAUAUUUGAUUUUCCAAUAAAAACUUUGGAAGAAUUAAGUAUAUUUGAAGACAAAUUAUUAGAUAAUACUUUUCGACUUCAAAUGAUAAAUUAUCUAUCCAGAUUGGAACGUCCAAAGGUUGCUGAUAUGACAAGACAGAUAAUGGCCAAAAUUUUUCAUAAUAAUAUACUCUCUGUGCAUUCUUAUGUUGGGCAAAAAAAGAAAAAUGUGUUUUCUGUGCUGAAUUCUUGUUCAUUAAUAUUUGCAACAAUAAGAAGCAUACCAAAACAUAAAAAUUGUACUGAUCUUGAAAUUGUUGGUCCAUUAAAAAUGUUCAUGGCUAAUGCAAAGUUCCGUGAAGAAAAAAAGCAGCAAAAACACGAAUCCAUCUCUAAAUAGCAUAACUAUAUAAAUACUAUUAUAAUAUUGUUAUUAGGUUAUUAUGGUAUAAUAUUAAAAACAUAUAAGACUAUGUAAUUUAAAGUAGAUAUAUGUG